AUGGAGCUAGGCAGUCUUGGCAGUGAAUGGCGUUGGAACGAAACCAAUGAAAGUGUGUGUACACGUGUUGCAAAGCGCGAAAAUGUGCCACUUGACGCCGCAAUUUGGCACUUGCAACAUGCAACUUUGGCGGCCGUCGUUAGCAACACAAGGACACACUCGAACGAUGAGUGGCGGUGGCGGAGGUGGUGGCGGAAGGCUGAUUACACGCUGGAUGAUUCGUUUUGGAAUGAAGAAAGUCCUGUCGGUGAAGUGGAACGCCUUCUCAAGGAGUAUCGCCAAAACCAAGAACUAGUGCGCCGUAUCGGCGGUCAUUACUAUCAGAUCAUUUAUCCGGUGCAGCUGCGGCACCACGAAAAGAUGGGCAUAUCAACGCGUGAAGUGAGCCCACCUAAGAAACACUUCCAUCGCACCUCACUCUUAAUUAAGGCCUUUAAUCAUAAGUUUCGCUUAGACUUGGAAUUAAAUUCGCAACUUUUAUCACCAAAUAUACAACAAAAACAUUACCACGUGGGUGGUUAUCUGGUGGAUGGUAAUCGGCAUGACAUUGAGCAUUGCUACUAUCAUGGCACUGUGAAAGACUAUCCUGGUGCUAGCGCCGCCUUCCAUACAUGCAAUGGUGUCAGCGGCGUCAUACACAUCGGCAACGAAACGUUCGUUAUACAUCCCUUCUAUGGAGGCGAUCUUUCGAUAAAGUCUAGCCAAGCGCUGUGGAAAAUUCCCUUCAACUUCAUACUUUAA